AUGCCCGAGUCUUAUCGGGCAUAUGAGAAGCGAGGUGAUUAUCCUGCCGAUGUGUCCAAUGAAUCCAGCCAUGGCUUGAAAGAAUGUUUCCGCCAAACAGUGACUCGACACAUUGUGCUACGGAUUAAGGACGUUUCCAUCAAGGGUCGUGAAGUCAGAUACACUCGAAGAACGUCUACAGGCCACAGGGAAAAGGAAAUAACAUGCACGGAGCAAGGGGGAAGAAGAAAUACGAAUGGAGAGAGCGAGCUGCACGGGUUCUUCGAUAGUACUGUGUACUAG